UAGAGAGUAAAGGCUUCAAGCGUUGAGGAAAUUAAAGAAACAAAAAACCUGGGUUUCAUUGUGCAUCCUCACGGCAAAAUAAGCACUGGGUAAGGCUUUUUUAAUAUCGUAGGGAACAAGACCAUCGGAUCCUUCUAUGCCGAAUAUGGGUUCCACAUAGACGGACUCUGACGGAGCGGGCGGCAAAUAGUAUCGCCGGCGGGAUGAGUAAUUGAUGAGGGGAAUAGACGACAAACCGGGGAAAUUACCGGGAAACACCGAAUACCUGUUGUUACUACUGCCCAGAGGACCAACAAUUCCGUAUUCACCAUUACAAAGAUGGUGACACUGAUGACGCCAGCCCCUCCAUGCCCAUGGUUUGGCUAUCUUCACAACCGCUCUCAAGGCCAUUCCUUUUCCCGACGGCGGCAAUAGAGAAUCACGAUUAAGAAGAACAAAACUUAGAAGUUAGGUUUAGAUUUGAGCUUUUAUAUUUUUCUUCUUUGGACGAAUAUCAAAGUCCAAGUUUCAUGACACCUGUCCUUAAACAAGGCUAAGCCCAAAAAGGCAGAGCACAAUUUUUAUUUUUAUUAUUAUUAUUAAUAGUUUUUUUGGUUAAACAUAUAUGGUUUGCUAUAAUUUCAAUAAUAAUCAUCCGAAAUUCUCAGUGCCUUGUGUGAUCUCACAAAUUACAGUUUGCACGGAAAAUUUGCAAUGGUGAUGGCGGCGGCGGCGGCGGGCGUACGAGCUGUGUUGAACAGGGCAAAAUCAUGGGCAUCGGGUCGGGGCAAUCAACUUGUAAAAGGAAAGCCAUCAGUUACGACGGGGGAUACUCAGAGGCAGAGCUAUCCCAUGGUCGUGGUGGGCCGACGCUGCUAUUCCCAAUCUUCUUCUAUUCUUCCCUCUCACAUCAACUUCGAUACGGACUUCACUCACCAAUUCACCCCUGUUUCCUGCGCCCACGAUGACAAAGGGGUCUUAUUCGCUGCUGAUUUCGCCGUCACCGCGUUUAAUGAUUAUUCUGAUGAAAUGGAACCUACCUUUCCUCGUAUUCGUCUCUUAAGAGUGGUGAAGGCCAGCGCGAUUCGGAUUGGUUUGUCCAUCCAUAGCUUAUUGCUGGGUGGGAUUACUGAAAAAGGCGACCUUAAUGUUUAUCGCGCCCUAGUUCUUCACGACCCAUUGGAGCAGAUGAAGGAAUUGAUCGGCUGGCAGUGGGUCAACGAGUCUACCUUCCCCUACCCUAGAAAUUUUGUUUUGACGGACCCUAGGAUGGACUCUAACGCAAGCAACCUCCAUUUAUUUAAUCGUUUGGAUCAAAUGACAAAAACAAAAAGUAAGCGUCCUCCUUCUACUGUUGCAAGUGAUGCGAUUGUCCCUGUUGACUCUGAGAUUACUGAACAAAUCUGCAAGUAUGCUCUGUCUGCUAUUGAGAAUCACAAUCAUGGCCAGGCUAAUAAAAUUUGUCUCGAAAAGGUGUUGGGUGCAAAAAAAUCAGAGGUUGACCUUGGCAUCUGUUACAUUAUGUUAUUGAGGGCUAAGGACAGCAAUGGGGAUUCCAAUACUUACUGUGCUAUAACUAAUGACUUCUGGGAUUAUCAAGUUCCGAUGUUUGUUUCUAAGCCUCUGCAAGAGUAUCAGGUGGGUGAUGUGAACUGGUGACUUUUUUCUGUGUUAUUCUUUGAGCUGUGCGCUCUCAAGAUAUGAUGGAACUGGAAACUCUACUGCUGUUAGCCACAAUGAUCACACGUAGUUUUCAGGUUUGAUGUAAUGUGCCCCGGUUACAACGUAGUAUUUUUUUUUUCCUUCUUUCUUCCCCCACCCACACCCCCCGCCCUUUAGAGACUACAAAGAUCAUUAAACAAAUGUAAAGGAUAGUUGGGGUACGUUACUGUUAUGUUCGAGUGACUGAUUUUUUUUGUUUCUCUUAGCAUUUAUUCCAUAAUUUUUUUCUUGAUAACUGAUUAUGACCAACUGUAGUUCUAAUAAUGCCAUAUUGAUAGAUAUUGUGAGUUUAGCAUGAGAAGUGGUUGAUAGCUUGCCGAAGGUCUAGGAGUGUAAUGCAGAAACAGCACUGGGAGACCAUUGGCGCACCAAGGAGUAUGAAAAGAUUGUAGUUUUCCUCCUUGCCGUUUUGGUCGUUCUUCAAUGUUAAUUGUUAUUUGUUCGUCGAGAUAAUCAUGCUUUUGGAUGUACCGAAGAGAUGAACAUUUUAAUUUUACUCCUAUCUAAAAAAAAUAGGAC